GGCGAUAUGACGUGAUCGAGUUAUUGUGAACCCUCAGCUGAAAUUGUCUUAUAAAGACACUUAACCUCAGUUACAAACGCGUCCUUCGAUUUCCCAAAUUUUCUCCUUCCAUGAGGAAUUGCAAUCCCUAGGUUCUCUCUAUUUGGAGCCAUUGAUGCGUUUAUAUUGACGACGCAGUACGAUUUUUGAAUCGUCUUGUUCUGCACCAUCUGGAAUUGCGGAGAGGUUUGUUCGAUAUUUGGGAUGGACGGGAACAAAGACGAUGCUUUGAAAUGCUUGAAACUGGGAAAGGAGGCUUUGGAAGCCGGGAAUCGGACCCGUGCCCUCAAAUUUGUUAAUAAAGCUCGUCGUCUUGAUCCGACGCUCCCCGUUGAAGAUCUCUUGUCGGCAAUUAAGAGCGCUUCCGGUGACGAGUUGGGUGCUGAUUCUUGCGAAUCUGGAGAUACGUCGUUUGGGACCUCGUCAUCCAAACCCUCGGAUCAGCCUUCACUUCGCCGUAGAGUUCCGGCAUCGGAGUCUUCUGAGUCUUCAGCAUCCGCGACUUACACAGAGGAGCAGAUAGAGGUUGUGAGGCAAAUUAAGAAGAAGAAGGAUUACUACGAGAUUUUGGGAUUGGAGAAGAGUUGCAGUACUGAGGAUGUUCGAAAGUCGUAUAGAAAGCUGUCUCUAAAGGUCCAUCCAGAUAAGAACAAUGCUCCUGGCGCCGAAGAAGCAUUCAAGGCUGUAUCAAAGGCCUUUCAGUGUCUAAGUAACGAGGAGAGUCGGAAGAAUUACGAUCUUGUUGGGUCUGAUGAGCCAGUUUACGAGAGGCGUACUAGAAGACAUGGUGCAAAUGGAUUUAAUGGGUUUUACGAGGCCGAUGUUGAUGCAGAGGAGAUAUUUAGAAACUUCUUCUUCGGUGGGAUGGCACCAACAACCACACAUUUUCGUACUUUCAAUUUUGGCCCUGGAAUGGCGCAAAGGACAGGUGAUCAGGGCUCUGGCGGUGGCCUUCGGACUCUGAUUCAGUUGCUUCCUGUACUACUAAUAUUGCUUUUGAACUUCUUGCCAUCCUCAGAACCUAUCUAUGCUCUUUCCCACUCCUAUCCCUAUGAAUACCAGUUCACCACUCAGAAGGGUGUCAAUUAUUAUGUAAAAUCAACGACAUUUGAGGAUAAAUUCCCACCAAAUAGUCCGGACCGUAUGGCACUUGAGCGGCAGGUAGAGAGGGAUUAUUUUAACAUUCUUGCACAGAAUUGUCGUGUUGAGAUGCAGCGUCGGCAGUGGGGAUUGAUUCGUGAAACUACUUAUUGUGACAUGUUACGGAAGUUUGAGUCAGCUGCUUAAUGGACGAAAGGUUCAUUUCAGCCCUCUGUUUAUCAUUUUUAUCGGUCAUAGAUGUAUUAUCCUGAUUGCUCGAUAAUGUUUAUCAAGUUUCUGUUAUCAAAACGAUUAACUUUUCCUUCCUUGGUAUCUCUCCAUUGUUUGGAAUUUGAAGGCAAUUGAGCUUUUUACCCCCCAAAGAGAUAUGCAAUAUGCUUGGUGUGCUAAUACUUCACCUAAUAAACAAUAUUUGUAUGUGGCUGGCUGAUUAUCUUUUCGAUGAUUCAACUGUUCUAAUUGGGAACAGAAACCUUUCUUUAUACCAUGGUGGCAAUCUGGUGAAUUGAGCUGGUUUAGUUA